UUUAUUGUUCCAAUGGUUAUAUUUUGUAUAAUUUGCCUGUAGAUAUUCUAUAUCCUUUAAUUUCGGCAGCCUUUGUUAUGCAACAUAUCUUUAUACUGUUCCUAAGGAUGUACUGUGCAUAUGUUGCCUGGAAAUCUUCAAAACAAUAAAUACGAGCUCAUAUUUGCCACAGAUGUAGUUUAACUAGCUUCUUUUGAUUUUGUUGCUUAUUUUUUCUGUAACAAGCAUGGAUCUUUUGAGGAACAAAGAAGCCUUUUGAAUUAAUCAUCGUCAUCAAGUCCUUGAAACUUUGCAUUUGAUACUGGAUCUGUAAAACUCUGCUUUGUAACCAUUAGAUGUUGCUCCUUUUUAAUUAUUUAUCUGUUUCUUUGGGUUGUAGGCUCAGCCAUCUCCAACUACUGGAACUUUUUCGUUGCCUCCAAGUAAUGAAAAUCCAAUUUUUAUUCCAUUAGCUUCUGGUACUAAUAAGGAAAAGUGCGAAGAGGUUGAUUCCUCAUUCAUGUUCAAGUCUCAUGUGAAACCUGUCAGUUUGUCAUGUCCUCUUGGCUCAGAAAAUCAGGUGGCUUCAUCUUCCAAUCAAGCUCGGAAUCUGGAAAUGACCGGUGUCAGCCACCAACCUCCUGUGCUCGUGCAGCCAAACAUGGACUUUGAAUGUCAAAAUGGUUUUCUGAAACAAGCCAUGUCAAAGAGCUAUACUACUGAUUCUCCUUCCGAUAUUGAAGUUUCUAACAUCAUGAUCGAAAAUGGUAAGUGUUUUGCUGUGCAAACUGGCAAUUGUGGUGUUGCUAGUGAUCAAGCUCCUCUACUGGAGGAAACUCUACCGGGAGACGAUACUGGGUCACAGCAAAUUCUAGAAGGGGACCAGAAAGGAUAUCCUCCAAUGGGAAUGGGAAAGCCAUCAGAAGAUGGAUACAAUUGGAGAAAAUAUGGGCAGAAACAGGUGAAAGGUAGUGAAUAUCCUCGGAGCUACUACAAGUGCACGCAUCCAAAUUGUCAGGUGAAGAAAAAGGUAGAACGUUCUCAUGAUGGUCAAAUAACAGAAAUUAUUUACAAGGGUGCUCAUAAUCACCAAAAACCUCAGCCUAGUCGUCGAUCAGCAGUUGGAUCGGCAUUUCCACUCGGUGAAAUAUCAGAGACAGGUGAGGGGUCUGGGACUUUCGUCAAAGUGGAAGAAAGUUCAAUUUGGAAAAGUGUUUCUCAGGGGCCCAAGGAUAACAAAGUUGGUUCAGAUUGGAAGACUGAUGGUUUAGAGAGGACAUCAUCGACAUCUGUUGUAACUGAACUUUCUGAUCCACUUUCAACUGCGCAAGGGAAACAGCUAGGUAUGCUGGAAUCCGCAGAUACUCCAGAGUUCUCGUCCACACUCGCUAGUCAUGAAGAGGAUGAUGAUAGAGCCACUCAAGGCAGCAUAUCAGUUGACAAUGACGGUGAUGAUGAGGAGUCUGAGUCAAAAAGAAGAAAGAAAGAGAGCUGUUUGAUUGAUACAAAUUUGGCUUCUCGAGCUGUUCGGGAGCCAAGAGUUGUUGUCCAAACAGACAGUGAAGUGGACAUACUUGAUGAUGGAUACCGCUGGCGCAAGUAUGGGCAGAAAGUAGUUAAAGGAAAUCCAAACCCCAGGAGCUACUAUAAAUGCACUAGUGCUGGAUGCUCUGUGAGGAAGCAUGUAGAAAGAGCCUCCCAUGAUCUCAAAUCUGUGAUAACAACAUAUGAGGGAAAACACAACCAUGAAGUACCUGCGGCGAGAAACAGUAGUCAUGUUAGCUCAAGUAGUGGAAAUCUGCAAGCUGGUCCUAAUGCUCAAACCACUCUGACAUUAGCUGGAAGAACCAAUUUUCCAAAGAGUGAACCACGAGUUCAUGAUUUUGCACCUCACUUUGAGAGAAAACCUGAAUUCACUAAUGAAUUCUUGAGACCCAGUUAUCUGGGGGGUAUCCAUGGCGACAUAAAGCUGGGGCCGUCUGCUUGUUAUGAAAUGAAGCUGCCAGCCUUCCAGACACUUUCUUAUGGAUCCUUUGGACUAAAUGCUAGCCAGAAUGACACUAAUCAAGCGGCUUCUAUUGGUCAUGUUAUCCCAGAAUUCCCAAUUGCAAUGCCUCGACCUGGAAACCCAUCAUUGAGCAGCUUUGAUUUUAAUAAUCAUGGAAUGCCAAUUGGUCCGGUUCAGCCUUUCCUUGGGAUGCAGCAACCUAAGGAGACUGACACAAGAUUCCUCAGGCCUAAACAGGAGCAGAAAGAUGAUGCUGUUUAUGAUAAUCAUUUAUCCAUUAACCGUCUUCCAAAUGCGUCGCCUUCUGUAUAUCACCAGAUAAUGGGAGGUUUUCAAUUGUAAAUACAUUGUGCUUCCCAGCUGAGUGUUCCCCACAGAGAUGGACUCCGUGGGUCUUUUAGAAAUUUUAAGAGAAGGUAGUCCCUUUUUUGCCUUUUGGUUGUCAUGAUAAAGAGUCUUGAUACUCAAUGCAUAAAGUAUCUGUAAUUAUUCCUUGUUUGGGUGGUCUAUACAAAGGAAUACUUCUUCAGAUUUUAAAUGAUAACAUAUAUAUUUUUUUCUUGCCA